AUGGGGAAAUUAGGGGUUUAUCUUUAUGCCGUCAGGGCCCUAGGAUUACUCACCUCUUUUUUGCAGAUGAUUGCCUCCUUUUUUGCAGGGCUAAUAGAACUGAGUGUCAUAAAAUUCAGCAACUACUUGACUGUCAAGGAUCUUUUCAUCCCUGGUACUAAAGUAUGGAAUAAGGAGCUUAUUGAGCAAAAUUUCUUACCAUGGGAAGCUGAGCGUAUUCAAAGCAUCCCGGUUAGUCAUUUUCCAUUGGAGGACUUGCUUAUUUGGCCACUCACCACUGAUGGGAAUUAUUCGGAUAAAAGUGCUUACCAGUUGUUAUCUUCGGAAAGUAGAUCUGCUCUGCCUAGUUCAUCUGAAACAGAGGGUUGUAAGCACUUUUGGAAUGGAAUUUUGAAGUUGCAAGAAUUUCGAGACGUUCAGGACAGGCCAUCUCGGACCUCCGUUCAGUGCUUGAGACGGAAAUGGAAGCCGCCGGGUUUAGGAGCUUACAAGCUCAACUUCGACGACGCUAUCUUUGAAGAUUCUUCGAGUGCAGGACUGGGAGUGGUAGUGAGGGAUGCGGAAGGCAUGGUUAUUGCUGCACUGAGACAAAUCAUUCAACUUCCUAGUUCUGUGGACUUGGUCGAAGCCUUAGCUGCUUGGAGAGCUCUUCUUUUUGCCCAGGAGCUUUGUCUUGGUCACGUGGAAGUGGAGGGUGAUUCAUUGAAGAUCAUCACAGCUAUUAAUAAUCCGCAACAAAAUAGGACACAGUGGGGCCAUGUAAUUGAAGAUAUUAAAAAAGCUAGCUCUUGGUUCCCAUCUUGCAGAUUAUGUCAUGUAUAUAGGGGGGGCAAUGGUUUAGCCCACUCCCUUGCUAAAAGAGCAGUUUUAUCUGCUGAUACAGAUGUGUGUUUUGACUACACAUCAAAUGAGAAUGAAACAUACUUCAGCUACUCUGCUGCGGACAUAUAUUCCCCACAGUUAUCGAUAAAUUACUUGGGAGUACUUUCUGAUGAUAAAGGCGCUAUAGUUAAUUGUACUUCUGAUUCCUCUUAUUUAAAUGAAGGAUGUGUGGCCAAAGUGAAUCUUCAAUGCAGGAGCCUUAAUGAGACAUUUUCUCGAGUUUUCGGUUCAUGGCAUGAUGAUGGAUUCAAGUUUAAUGAAGGUGACAACCUGACCCUUAUGGAUUGUAAGACCAAGUGCUUGAACAAUUGUUCUUGCGUUGCCUAUGCAUCUACAAAUGAAGAGAAUCAAACUGGCUGUGAGAUUUGGAGCACAGGGCCUGGAGUUGCUUCAAUAGAUGCUAGUAAGCGACGGACAAUAUACUUCCUUGCAAAAAACGUAGCAAACGGUUAUCAAAAAAAGAAAAACGUAGCAAACAGGCGGCUGAAUAGGUGGUGGAUAUGGCUAAUCAUGGCAGUAGGGGCAAUUAUUAUCUCGUUGUUGUGCCUCUUAGGCAACGCAAAAUGGAAAAAAUGCAGAGUGGAAGGGGAGAGAAAAAAGAAACAAAAAUUGCUCAUACAAGAAAUUGGAGGUAAUGCAAUACCUUCCACAGUACAUGACAAAGUGAAGAAACAAAAUAAAGAUGGACAAGCUAGCCAUGAGUUGCAAAUCUUCAGCUUUGAAAGCAUUUCUGAAGCUACAAAUAAUUUCUCAACUGAAAAUAAAUUAGGAGAGGGUGGCUUUGGACCAGUUUAUAAGGGUAAAUUAUCUGAUGGACCAGAAAUAGCCAUAAAAAGACUUUCAAGAAGUUCUGGGCAGGGAUUAGUAGAGUUCAAGAAUGAAGUGAUUCUUAUUGCCAAGCUCCAACACACUAAUCUUGUUAGGCUUUUAGGGUUUUGCAUUCAAGAAGAAGAAAAACUACUAAUCUAUGAGUACAUUCCCAACAAAAGCUUAGACUUCUUCCUCUUUGAUCCUACUAAAAAGUAUUUAUUAAGUUGGAGGACACGCUUCAACAUAAUUGAAGGCAUUGCUCAAGGACUUGUUUAUCUCCACAAAUAUUCAAGACUAAGAGUAAUUCAUCGGGAUUUAAAAGCAAGCAACAUUUUGCUUGAUGAGGAGAUGAAUCUGAAAAUAUCUGAUUUUGGCAUAGCAAAAAUAUUUGGGUUGAAAGGAUUAGAAGAAAACACAAACAGGGUUGUUGGAACAUAUGGUUAUAUGUCCCCAGAGUAUGCAAUGAAUGGUGUUGUUUCGAUAAAAAUUGAUGUAUUUAGUUUUGGGGUUCUACUAUUAGAAAUCAUGAGUGGCAAGAAAAACAACAGUCGCUAUCACUUUGAGUAUCCGCUCAACCUUAUAGAAUAUGCAUGGCAGUUAUGGAAUAAAGGUAAAAGUUUGGAGCUAAUAGACCCAGCAAUACUAGAGGAAUCACACCCUCCAUUUGAAGCAUUGAGAUGCAUUCACAUUGGUCUCUUAUGCAUACAGGAUCAGGCAAAGGAUAGACCCACCAUGCCAGAUGUUGUUUCUAUGCUUUCAAAUGAAACUCUUAAACUAUCUUCUCCAAAACAACCUGCAUUUUUUACCAACACAAUUGCAGAAGACUUGGGGGUUUCAGAAAUUAAGCCAGAAAACUGUUCCAGAAAUAGUGUCACAAUUUCUAUGAUGGAAGCCAGAUAAAUACUAAAAUGCAAUAGUUAUGUAUGAAUGUGUGGUAUGUACAUGCCCAUGUUUUUUGAGGACAAACGGCAGAAUGUACAUGCCCAAGUUAAUAGGACUGUUCCUAAAUGUAACUAGAUAAACCUGUAUCCAUAAAUGAAACCUAGUUUCAUUUAUCUUUUGUCUUGUUGUAGCAAUUAAAGGAAUUAUCGAUGCUUGUGUGAGUCAACUAAUUUAAUAUUUG